ACACACACGAGUCGCCGGUCGCGCCUGCUCCAGCCCCCGCUCCCGAGAUUCACGAUCUUGCCUUGACGACGAACAGGAUUCGCUCCAGCCCGCACCCCGAGCCCAGCUCUGCUUCACGCUCCACCAUCCGACACCGAUCGAUCGAUCGAUUGACCGGCAGCCCGGAGCCCCGAUUGCGCGCAGCAUCAUCGUCCUCAACAGCCCCGCAGCACCCCGAACGCCCAGCAUGGCCGCAUCCACCGGCGUGACAACCAUGAGUGACGCCCAGAUCCGGCAAAAGCUUCUGGCUCUGGGACACUCUGCCGAAGGCAACCGACUCAUUCUGAUCGAGCGCCUCGAACAGGUCCUGGCUCUGGCGCUAGAGUCCAGCUUGGCCGAGCAAAAUGCCAGCACAAAGAAUGACAAGAAGAAGCGGCGGCGAAAGAAGAAGAAGGGCGCAAAGGAUUCGUCCGAGACUGCCGAUGCCGACUCGGCCGAUGCGAAUAUGACCGACGAUGUUGAGAUCGAGUAUGUGCCCGAAGCUAUGCCCGAACUCAGCGACCCCUCCCUGGAGGCAUUUGCAUCCGUUUUUCAAAAGUUUGCCGCUCGUGAGGGCGGCGAGCUCGAUGCGCCAAAGUCAUCCGCAGCACCCGCAGACGAGGACACCGAAAUGAACCUGGCCGAGGCCAAGAAGGAGAGCAAAGACGCCGACAGCGACGACGAAGAUCUUGGCUCGGACUCGGAAACCAAAAAAUCCAGCAAGAGACGGCUGAAGAAGGCCAGCCGUCUGAGCGUUGCGGAGCUGAAGCAGCUGGUCAAGAAGCCCGAAGUCGUCGAGUGGGUCGAUGUAACUGCCGCCGAUCCUGUGCUGCUGGCCCAUCUCAAGGCCUACCGCAAUAGCGUGCCCGUUCCACAGCACUGGCAGCAGAAGCGGAAAUAUCUGCAGGGGAAGCGUGGUAUUGAAAAGGCAGCGUUUGAGCUCCCGGAUUUCAUCAAGCAAACUGGCAUCAUGGAGAUUCGAUCGGCAGUCAAGGAAAAGGAGGACGCAGCCAAGCUCAAGAGCAAGACCCGCGAGCGCGUCCAGCCAAAGAUGGGCAAGCUCGACAUUGAUUACCAAAAGCUGCACGACGCCUUCUUCCGGUGGCAAACCAAGCCAAAGCUGUCACACCAUGGCGACCUGUAUUAUGAAGGCAAGGAGUUCGAGACCAAGCUGAAGCUGAAAAAGCCCGGUAACCUGAGCGAAGAACUGCGGACCGCUCUGAAUAUACCGCCACUGGCUCCCCCGCCGUGGUUGAUCAACAUGCAGCGCUACGGGCCGCCGCCAAGCUACCCCAACAUCAAGAUUCCAGGUCUCAAUGCCCCGAUCCCGGAGGGUGCACAGUGGGGCUACCACCCAGGCGGCUGGGGCAAACCUCCAGUCGACGAGUUCGGUCGCCCGCUCUAUGGAGACGUCUUUGGCAUCAUGGUCCAGGAGGCCCCUGUUGAGCACACAGCGCCAGUUGUACGCAAGCUCUGGGGCGAGCUUGAUUCAGAGGAGGAAUAUGAAGAAGAAGAGGAGCAGGAGGAAGAAGAGGAGGAAGAGAACGCGUCUGACGAAGAUAACGAGCAGCUCGAGAGCGGACUCGAAACUCCGAGUGGCCUGUCGAGCGUGCCCAGUGGCAUGGAGACACCCGAUGUCAUCGAGCUUCGCAAGAGCCGGGUGGACGAGGAGCCCAAGGAGCUCUACAAAGUCAUUCCCGAAAAACAAACGUCCAUCCGCGGCUUCAUGGGCAGCCAGCACAUCUACGACCUCACCAGCGCGAGCGCCGUCGCCUCGAGUGCGGUUGUCGAAACUGUGCCCACGACGGCCAAGGGCGCUGGCUUGAAGCGCAAGCACGCCAAUCCGGCUGGCGUUGAAGUCGCGCUGAAUCCCGAGGACUUUGAGGAGGGGCUCGAUGAAGAAGUCUUGCGCAAGAGAUACGAGGAGGGCGCCGAGAGAGACCGCAACGAGCGCGGCCAGGAAGACUUUUCCGACAUGGUGGCCGAGCACGCCCAGAAGCAGUCUCAGAAGCGCAAGAAGAUGGAGGGCUCCAAGAAGGAGACCAAAAAGUCGUACAAGGAGUUCAAGUUCUAGUGCGGCGCGGGAGUUUGCCGACCAAUACAGCGGUGUUUUCUGGAUGUGCAGCUGUCGCCGAUCGUGCGUCCUGGCCGCAGCGUGGUCUCUAUUGUCAUGGCGAUGUGCCUCUGAGGUGUGCCUCUGCGAUGUGCCUCUGCGAUAUAGCUCUGCGAUGUGGCCAAGCACCCAAUACACGCAGGGCGGGUUGUGGUUCCAAUGCCGGUCACGUGUUGGACUCAAGAAAGCUGCUGUUCUCCAAUC